CCCACCCACCAUUCUUCAUAUUUCUCUCUCCUCUAUUCCUUCUCCAUUCCAGGAGAGAGAAUCUCUUAUCCUCUGAUAUACUUGCGGAGAAUCGCUUUUUCAUCUCUUAGAUCUGUUCUUUUCAAUGGCUUCUUCCAAAGACCGCGACAACUUUGUCUACAUCGCUAAACUCGCUGAGCAAGCUGAACGCUAUGAAGAAAUGGUGGAUGCGAUGAAGAAAUUAGCGAAACUUGAUGUUGAGUUAACUGUUGAAGAGAGGAAUUUGUUGUCUGUAGGGUAUAAGAAUGUUGUCGGAGCUAGGAGAGCGUCGUGGAGGAUUUUGUCAUCGAUUGAACAAAAAGAGGAAGGAAAAGGAAAUGAGCAGAAUGUGAAGAGAAUUAAGGAGUAUAGGCAGAAAGUGGAAUCCGAACUCUCUAACAUCUGUACUGAUAUUAUGACUGUUAUCAACGAGCAUCUCAUUCCUUCUGCUACUGCUGGCGAAUCCACUGUCUUUUAUUACAAAAUGAAAGGGGAUUAUUAUAGGUAUCUUGCCGAGUUUAAGUCCGGUAAUGAGAGAAAAGAGGCUGCUGAUCAGUCCAUGAAAGCAUAUGAGAAUGCCACUACGACUGCUGAGGCUGAGCUACCUCCAACACACCCCAUACGCUUGGGACUGGCUCUCAAUUUCUCAGUGUUUUAUUAUGAGAUCUUGAAUUCCCCUGAAAGGGCGUGCCACCUUGCCAAGCAAGCUUUUGAUGAAGCUAUCUCAGAACUUGACUCUCUGAAUGAGGAGUCAUACAAAGAUAGCACCUUGAUCAUGCAGCUUCUCAGGGACAACCUUACCCUUUGGACUUCUGACAUUCCAGAGGAAGGAGAUGAGAUUCAGAAGGCAGAUGCUGCUGCAAAAGCUCAUGCUGGUGAAGAAGCAGAGUGAAUAGCCUUGAUUACUCAUCAUGAAUGACCGCUUGGGGUCGUUUCGUUUAGCUAUGAAGUAGAAAAGAUGAGUUGGUUCUUUAUUUUUUUGCUUUGCAUAAUAUGGCGCUUGUGGGCUAUUGGAGGCGUGAUGCACACACAAACGUGAUAACCUCCAAUUAGUGGUUUCUGUGCUUCUCCCCUGGCAGCCUUGGAAGAUAUAAGGAUUGAGGAAUGGCGGACGAUGCCAAAAUCCAAAUCCGUUUCGAUCAUUUAUUGUCUUUUUAAGAUUGAGAAUUGUUCGUUUUUUCUUUACUUUCCUUCCCCAAAACGAUAUUCUUGAUCUGCAUACUUUUGGGUAUGUAUCAAACCACUUGACUUCAUUAUGGCUGAUAUUAUCAUGAUUGAGUCCAUCA